GUAAACGACUGACUCACGUUAGCCAUGUUAGUGAUGGCAGCGACAUUUUGCCGACAUUUCGUGCAGAAACUAUCGAUCGCACGACAUGUUAAAUCUUUCGCAGCAUCCGUGUCAGAAAUUUCGGGAAAUCGAGAUGAUCAGGAACGAAAAGUUAACGUGAACGGAGUCGACAUCAAUUAUCUCAAGGUUGGAACUGGCGACCACGCUGUCCUGCUUCUACCCGGUGUAGCAGGUUCAAUAUGGUCCCACUUCAAGCCUCAGAUAGAGGGUUUCGACCGGGAGAAGUUUACCAUAGUCGCAUGGGAGCCCGUGGGCUACGGGAAAUCAAGGCCACCGGACAGAACCUUCCCGGACGAUUUUUUGCAACGCGAUGCCAUUGAUGCUCGCGAUCUAAUGAAGGUUUUAGGGUUCACAAAGUUCUCAGUAGUUGGAUGGAGCGACGGUGGCAUAACCGUGCUGUUCCUCGCUGCGAUGUUCCCCGAGAACGUCCGGAAAAUGGUGUGCUUCGCAGGGAACGCCUACAUAACACCGACGGAAAUCGAAAUUUACAAAAAGUCCAGGGACUUCGACAGUUGGUCUGAGAAGCGGCGAGCGUCAAUGAUAACGGUCUAUGGCGAGGAGUAUUCGCGAAAAUUGUGGGCCGACUGGGUCGACGCUUGCGACAGAAUUUAUGAAAAGCAGAAUGGCAAUUUAUGCAAGGAAUUGCUGCCGAAAAUUCGAUGUCCUACUUUCUUGCUCCACGGGGCCAAGGACCGCAUGGUACUCGCGGAGCAUCCUCUUUACCUGAAGCAACACAUCCACGGCGCCAAGUUGAAGAUCAUGGAGGAAGGUCGGCACAGUAUUCACCUGCAGUACCCCAAGGAGUUCAACGAUCUCGUCACCGAAUUUCUGCUCGAGUAAUCGAUCCCAUUUAUACUAAAAUUAUACAUAUUUUGAUGCAA